UUAACUAGUGAUUCAGACAGUGAAGUUUACUGUGACUCUAUGGAGCAACUUGGACUAGAAGAGCCCUUGGAGAUCAUCACAUCAGCCAAAGGAUCCUUAAAGCCUUCAUCCCAUUUUUUGGAUGUAGAUCACAGUCUUCUGGUAGAAAAUACAGGUUUUCCAGGACGUGCUGACAUGACACAUGGGUGUCUCCAACUUAGAAACAAUGUAGAGGAAACAGUUCAAGAAAAAGGCGAAGUCAAGCAUGGAGGAGAAGAUGGCAAAGCCAGUAAUGGGGGCCCUCACAAGGAGAAGAAAGGUGGAGAAAAAGUGGAUUUCUAUGGUGUCAGAAGAGGGAGAG